UUUGGGGGAUGUACUCAUAUUAGGGUGUGUGAUUUGCAUUUCAGGGCCACCGUACUUUACUGAACUCUGGAAAACAACGAAGACAGUAAUAUUGCCGGGGACAGCGCUCGCUCCAUGUGGACACGGUCACAUCUGAGUGUGGAUAUGUCCUUGCAUAUCUGCCUCCCGCUCCUCCUUUUCUUAACAGGACUGUCCCAGACCUCCUGCUGCAACAAAGCUCUUUGUGCCAGCGAUGUCAGCAAGUGUCUUAUCCAGGAGCUGUGCCAGUGCAGGCCAUUAGAAGGGAACUGCUCCUGCUGUAAGGAGUGCAUGCUGUGUCUGGGCCACCUCUGGGAGGAGUGCUGCGACUGCGUAGGCAUGUGUAACCCUAAGAACUACAGCGACACCCCCCCCACUUCUAAGAGCACGGUAGAGGAGCUGUAUCGACCAAUCCCAUCGCUCUUCCGUGCUCUCACUGAGGGUGAAGCACCUAUCAACAUGAUGGUGGUAACCUUCCCUGUGUCGGAGGAACUAGCUUACCACGAAAACCUGGUGUCCUUCCUGGAAACCAUGGACGAUCAGCACAACAAUGUGUCACUGCCUGGCAACAGUAUCCAUGCCAGUUAUGACAACACCCAUGGCAACAUGUGCACAGUGGUGUACUUCGACGAGUGUGUAUCCAUCCGCGAGUGUAAGCAGUACUGUGAGGCCAUGGGCGGCUCCAAGUACCGUUGGUUCCAUAACGCCUGCUGUCAGUGCAUCGGGCCAGAGUGUGUCGACUACGGGAGCAGGAGUGUUCGCUGCCCCAACUGUCUCUCCUGACUGCCCCACCUCUCUCACCUCUGUCUCUCCUAUCUGCCCCACCUCUCACCUCUGUCUAUCCUGACUGCCCCAACUGUAACAGUCAGUGUGCCAAACUCAGCAGGGGCUGUUGUCUGACUGGAUGAAGGGACUUUCGUAUUGUGAUAAACCUCAUAUGAACUGUUCUGAUGUUGCCUUUUUAAAUGUUUUAUAGAAGAUUUUUCCAGAGAACUGCUUUGUUUUAUAUUCCGUCAUAAACCUGUGUCAAAAUAUUUUUUUAUUAUGUUAUUUUGUGUUGCUAUUUUUGUUACUGACAUUCAUACUAAAUACUUAUUACUUAUGAUA